CCACUGAGGAGGAAGUGCAAAAACAGGGAAACGCUGGCUGAGAGUUUAUAAAAGUUGUCACGUAAGUUUUUAGUGAGCUUCAGUUAUUAGACAGUUUAGUGUCAGAAAAUGAAGGUUGAUUUGCCAUUUACGUUGACUUUAAUCGUACACUUUAGUUCUCUGUCUUCGUCAUGUCCUUACACUCUGGCGCAGUGCUGUUCGUCUCUCAACUCUGCCGUUCAGUGUGGGGUGUUGAAACAGUGUCCCCACACUAACUUGACCAAUUCUCAUCAGGCAGGGGAGCCUGUCCACUUGGAUGUCUACUACGAGAGUCUGUGUCCCGACUGCAUUCUGUACCUGACACAGGUGCUGUACCCCACAUGGGUGCUGCUGCAGGACAUUCUGUGUGUCCGCCUGGUUCCCUUCGGCAAUGCGCAGGAGAUACCCAGUGAGGGCAAGUAUAUAUUUAAGUGCCAACAUGGAGAACAGGAGUGCCUUGGCAACAUGAUUCAGACGUGUUUGUUGAACAUGACCGACAAUGCCUUCCUCAUCAUCUUCUGUAUGGAGGCCUCCACUGAUGUCAUCGCAGCUGCCAAGAGUUGUGUUCAUCUGUACAGUCCCAAACUGAGCUGGGAGCGCCUCAUGAGCUGCGUGGAUGGAGAUGUUGGAAACCAGCUGAUGCAUCAGAACGCGUUGAGGACUAAUGCUCUGGAUCCUCCGCACCAGUUUGUUCCCUGGUUGACCAUUAAUGGGGCACACACAGAUGACCUGCAGAAGAAGGCUACAACUUCUCUCUUCCCGCUUAUCUGCAGCAUGUACAAGGGCAUCAAGCCUGUGGUGUGUGGAAAUGUUGGCCAGAAACACAGAAGGAUCUAAUGGCGCUUUACAAUGAGUGGCUCGAUUCUGACUCUGCUUCAGGUGUGGCUACUUGGGCGAUAAAAGGCCAUGCUAAAAUGUAUUGUUUUUACUCUCUUAGAGUAUUGCAAGCUGAUUGAGCUUCUACACAAUAUCGCUAUUUGCACGAUUGGUCACUUCUAAUUUAUAAGAGAAGCUCUUUCAUACUUUUAUCUCCAAUAGACUCUAUUCUUGUCAUGGUCUUCUGAUUGGACUUCCUCAAAGAGCAUCAAACAGCUGCAGCUUGCAUUCUCCUAGAACAAAGAGAUCAGAAUGUGUUACUCUGGUUCUCAAGGCUUUACACUGGGUGCUCCCAGUCAGCUGUGGAAUAAACUUUAGUACUGACACUGGUCUAUAAAUCGCUGAAUGUUUUUUGUCCAAAGUACAUUCAUGAAAUGCUACUUGGAAUUGAAACGCAGUAGGGCUCUGAAGUCUGCAAACUCAACUCAAUUAGUGGAGCGUAGAGUUCAAAGCAAACAUGGUGAAGCAGCCUCUUAUGCUGCACACAAAUGGAAGUUGACUACUAUGUGCUGCUAGUACUUCUAGUGAUGAUAUUACAUUCAACUAGAUAACAUGCAGUGCUUCACUAGGAGUACAGGUAGCGCAUAGAUGUCAACCAGUGCAACCUUUUACCUCAUUAGUACAUGUAGUAGUCCUGCUAGUGAUGACUCAUACAUGGACCUUAAGAUGGACAUCAAAGAUAUAGAUUAAAUGCUCUUAACAGCUUGCCUUAAAGCCAUUUGAACAUUUUUUGGCGGCACACUAGUUUCCGUUCAUAAUUCAGCGCACAAGUAAGAUAAAGGAAGAGGCUGUUUAGAAUUAUGUAAACAAACAGAAAAAAUAAAUAUAAAUAAAUAUCGCAUUGCACAAAUGGGGGGGGGGACAUAAAUGAACUAUACUGCAAUAAUUCUAACUUUGUUUCCCAGUGUGCUUCCAUUACUUUAUCUUAAGGAUUAGAUUGAACAUUCCUGGGACAUGGUUGACCUCAAGCAUUGCUGCCCCCCCACCAAUGCCGCACUGUGUGUUCGCACAUAACGCAUAUGCCAGAAAUAGACACAGAGUUCUGGAAUAAUUACCAAUGGGUAAGGAUAUUCUAAGGACAUCAACAUGCACAUUCCUACAUCCUUUUUAUGCCACCUAGGGAAAUAUGUUCAAUGAAACAAAAACACGCAGAAGUAUAAAAAUCCAAUUACAAUUACAGCACGCUUAUGGAUGACAUGUGAGCCUCUAAAGAUCAAAUAGAAAUAUUUCAAUAUGAAGCCUCUUCUAAAAUUCUAUUGGAAUAAAAAUUUCAUGUGCC